CUCUUUCCUUUCUAGUACGCCAUUUUGCAGAAAGAUCAUGGCCGAGGACUCCAAUAACGCAUUUGCGUCCGCUCUCGCUAGAGCUAGACAGGUGAGCCCGAUUCAAAGAAACCCGCCCAUGAUCGUGAGUCAAAAUUUUCUUUUACUCAGCUGAGACUUCAGCCCUGGUGCUGUAUCCGAUCCGAAAAGCUGAGGGCAGAUUUUUCCAGACGACUGGUGGUCUCUAAUCUUCACAACAUGCAGUAGAAUGCAUGUCAUUCAAACUGUCUUUGCACAAAUGUAUUUCAUGCUAAAUUGUGGGGUUUUUUUACUUUUGCAGCCAGUUCUGCAAAUCAGCCACACACCAGGCAUCAUACUUAAACUGUUGUAUUUUGGUUUAGUAGUCUUAAGUUAUUGGUGCUGCAUAUGCUUAGUUACUGCUAGUCUGAAUGGGUUUUCAGCUGUCUUUUUGUGUUACAGCAGCAAUAGGCGGCAUUGGAGCCCAGUUACAAGCUCUUGCCAACCAGAGUUCAGUCCCAGUGUCCAGUGAGGCAGCUCAGGCAGCACAAGAGGCUGCAGCACGAAUUAAUCGACAACUGGGACUAAAUCCUGCGGACGGGGUCAUGCAGCCACAAAAACCAGGCCCCCAUGCUGGGCUGGGGCUUGUUACUACUGAGAACUACCAUGUUCCUGACAAAAUGGUUGGAUUGAUUAUUGGCAAAGGGGGUGAACAGAUAACAAGGCUGCAAGCCGAGUCUGGGUGCAAAGUUCAAAUCGCACCAGACAGUGGAGGCAUGCCUGAAAGGCCAUGCACCUUAACAGGAACUCCUCAAGCUAUAAGUAUAUGUAAGCAGUUGAUCCAGCAGAUAAUUGACCGAGGAAAUGCACCACAUAUGGGUAUGGAAGGUGGUACUGAAAACCAGUCUGUGGUUGAGAUGUCAAUCCCCGGGGGCAAAGUUGGUCUUGUCAUUGGGAAAGGGGGAGAAACAAUCCGACAGCUGCAGGAACGUGCUGGUGUAAAGAUGGUCAUGAUACAAGACAGUAAUGCACCUACUGCUUCAGACAAACCGUUGCGCAUUACUGGUGAGCCAAGCAAGUGUCAACGUGCCAAAGAAAUGGUACUUGAACUUUUGGCGGAAAAAGAUAUGCAUGGUGGCAUGGGCACAUUCAACAAUUAUGAUGGAAUGGGCCAUGGCGGCGGCGGCGGUGGUGGUGGUGGUAGCGGGCCAGGGGGAAUGGAGAUUCCUGUUCCACGCCAAGCUGUUGGUCUUGUAAUUGGCAAAGGUGGGGAAAUGAUAAAAAAAAUUCAAGGAGAGACUGGUGCCAAAGUGCAGUUUAAACCAGAUGAUGGCCAGAGUGAAGACCGCCUUUGUGCGAUCACAGGUUCACCAGACAAAGUGCAGAAUGCAAUUAGCAUGAUCCAUGAGCUGCUUGCCAAUGCCAACAUUGAUGGCCCAGAUUUCCGACAGCAGCAUUCCAGAGAGUACAAUAUUGGAGGUCGUGGAGGUGGUGGCUUUGGCAUGGGCCGUGGUGGAGGUCCACCAGGCCGUGGUGGUGGUCGUGGUCGUGGCGGUGGUCCGUUCCCUCCUGGUGGUCCAGGCCGUGGUGGAGGAGUUGGUGGUGGUAUGGGAAGGGGUGGCUAUGGAGACCCCAACUUUCAGGAUCAGACAUCGUACUCUGUUCCAGCUGAUAAAUGUGGCCUAGUCAUUGGGAAAGGUGGUGAAACAAUCCGGGAAAUUAACAGACAGUCUGGAGCUCAUGUGGAAUUAGACAGAAAUGCUCCUCCCAACAUGGGCGAAAAAAUCUUUACAAUCCGUGGCACACCUCAACAAAUCCAGCACGCCAUACAACUAAUCUGUGAGAAAACAGGAAUGCAGGGUCCCCCUGGUGGUCCUCCAGGUGGUCCUAUGGGCCCAGGACCUGGUGGUCCAGGCCCACAAGGCCCUGGUCAUCAAGGUCCAGGUCCUCAAGGUCCAGGUUAUGAUCAAUAUGGUCAAUAUGGACAACCCAGUCAACCUCCCCAACAGUAUGGGGCUCCACAAAGCUGGAAUGCUUACGGUAAUCAAUAUCAACAGCAGCCGAAUGACCCAAGUGCUGACAAACAGGCUCAGGAUGCCAAUGCUGCUGCCUGGGCGGCUUACUACUCUCAGUACUAUGCUCAGUAUGGUCAGUACACACAGUAUGCCCAACAGCAACAACAACAGCAGCAGCAGCAAGCCCCUCAACAGCAGCCACAGCAGGCGCCCCAGCAACAGCAGCCACAACAAGCGGCCACAACUAAUUAUGCCCAGCCCACAAUCAACCCACAGACAGGCCAACCUGACUACAGUGCAGCAUGGGCAGAGUACUACCGACAGCAAGGACUGUACCAUCAGGCCAACAUGAUUCUGCAGCAAGCCCAAGCCAAUGCUAUGCAGAACCCUCAGCAACAACAGGCACCACAAUGAGAUCCUUCUUCGUUGUCUGUAUAGGUAAGUGUUUGUGUGUGUGUGUGUGUCAGGCAUGGUAGCACUGUUCCUGUCCACUCAUAAGUUGUCACCAUUUUUGUUGUUGUUGUUGAGAAAGGCAAGUGCGUGGCUAUUCUUAUUGCCCAGGCCUAAGGUUUUUUCUUAUCUGCUUACCUGUUUGACGGGCACUUCAGAGAAGAGGUGCCAUAACCUAGUUUGGUUUUUUUUCUUUUCUUUUGAAGGUUGUGGUGCUAUGCAGUUUUAUUAAGUGGUUUUUACACAUUUAUAGCUUAGCUGCUUGGCGUUGAUGGUAUGAAUGAAGGUCAGAAUAGUUAUCUUAAUGUCUGAAAAUACUGGUUACAACCGACAAAUUUUUAAAUAUCUUGAUUUUAGCUAAUAAACUUCUGUAGGAUCCUUGUAACUUUUUUAACGACAUUUUAUUUACUCUGUCUGCUCUAACCUGCUUGAUGCACAAGUGCUGAUAAAGUUAAGAAAAUAUAAAAAUUCUGGUGAUCGCUUCUUUUUGGUAGUAAACAGUAUUCAGAUAGUAAGCCUGUGGCAGCAGAAUAGCCACUUAAAAAUCCAGUGCCUCUUUAAUUUUGUUGAAGACAUCGUUGAUAGCUCUUUUUAUAUGGUGGCAAGAUUUUUUUGAGUUGGACAUUGGACAGUUGUGUGUGUUUUUGGUCCCAUUCCUCACAACAUUUUCACACUAUUGUCAGGCCACAGCUUGCUUUAUAAAUAUUGCAUUCUACGUCUUUUUUAUCAUGGCACAUACUCAUUGACGUAGUUGUUGCUUUGCACAAAGCAAAGCACAAAAUAAAUUACCCUGCCCACACCUAAUCAGAUUUUCUUGUUUAUAGAAGAAAUUGGGAAUAGCUUUAUGAUAAAUCAUUUCACAUUAAGGCAUAAAACCCUUAUAAUUUUGAUUGAAUCCAUGUCUAGGGACUGAGCGGGUGUUUUAGUUUAUGGUCCAAUGCCAUAAAGGGUUUCAAGACCGAAAGCAACAUCUGAUCAGUAGGUACAGAACUACAGGCACAAGGCGCAUGCUGAUGUGGUUGUCAUGGCAUUAAUAUUACAAAGAUUAUUUUUAAAAUAUUAUGUUUCGAAGUAAUUUUUAUUUCAUGCAGUUUUAAGUAAAGUCAUUGCAUUUUUUCCCCUUGCAUUUGACGUUUUUAUUGCACAUCUCACAAAAAUCAUUUGCUUUGAAAAAUGAUUCUCUGAAGAUAUUUUAGUCUGACGUGGCGUGGCAGCAUCUGGAACGUUCUGUAAGUGGUGUGGGAAAGGGCUGGUGGCACACGCAAGGCAGCAAGAGCAGCUUCUCCAUCCCAACCUCUGGGAUUGUGGUAUCAGGGAUUAACUUCAGAAACAUUUGGUCUAGAUGUUUUUCCUAUGUCAAAAUCAUGAAUUUUUUGAAUGCAUUUUUGAAAUGAUGAUGCUCUGUGCUAAUUAAACAGUUAGCUUUUUAACAUGUUUGUGGGGAAUUUAAAAAAUUUGACCCUUUGAUAUGACAAAUGAACGGAUUUUUCUAGCAAAAAUUUGUCUACAUUUCUUGCAUUUUGUGUGCCGUAAACUCUCUUCAGGUCUAAAGUCUGGUGCAGGAAGGAAAGCUGCAUUCAUCUUGUUUACCUCUACUUUGAAUGCAUACGUUGACAUGCCAUUCCUUAUAGAAACAGCAUUCUUACUCAUUUACCAGUUUCAUGCUGUAUUUCUAUGCUGUUGAUGCUUUAAGAAAGUUUCUGAUGCCAUGAUGUGGUUCAAGCAUUUUGACAUGUCUUUCCUAAUCUCCUAGUAUGAAUUGCCAUGCUCUUGCCACCACAGGGGUCAGGGAUGAAAAAGGUAUAUAACAGUGCUAAAUCCUUUGUACAGUUGCACCCAUUAUAAAAGUUACUUUGCCUGCAUUUAAACAAUGUUUUAAUUAUGCAAGUGAUCAUCGUAUCAAGCUGCCCUUUGAAGACUUAUGCGUUAUGAUUUCAUUAUGCAGAAAGUGUAGGUUCGUCACUUACAUUUUAUUUUCUGGUUUUUGAUUCAUGUGCCAAACACAUCUUUAAUCAUGUGUUACUUUCAGAAGUGCUUUAAGAUGUUGCUCUUUUAAUAAUUGAGGUUGACAGAUUUUAUAAGGAUAAUGCCAAUCAUUUAAACAGAAAUUGCGUCAUUUUCACAUACAUAUGUGGUCAUUUACACACUCAGCCUGCAAAUAAUUUGACUUGCGAUCUCAGGAUUUGCUUUGCAUCAUAAGCACAAAUUAUCACAGUUCAUGCAGUUGAAGGUUAUGCAUGUUGACACUUAAUCCAGUAUGUGGAUUUAAUGACAUGGAAUUUAUGUUGUUUAUCCACUUGCAAUGCCAGACAAUUCUUUUUUACCUGUUGGUUACUAUGCACAUGCUGUCGUUCAUGCCUUGGUUUUUGUAUGGAGUUCUCCAUGAUGUAUGCAUUUGCAUCGUUACUUCGCUGGCCACGUGCCUUUUAAAACAAAAAAGCAGGUGCGGCUCAUAGGCACAUGGCUUGGUAGAAAUCCUCACUAACCAUGGACGAGGAUGGGUCCUGCAAACACCCCACAAAACACCCUGCUCGCCAUUCUGUAAGUAACAAGCAAAUGUUGAAUUGAAACUUGGACAGAUGGUGCCAAAAACCUUUGAUGGAUUUUUUUUUUAGAAGCCCUAUCAUUCACAGUUAUUCUUAAGGGAUUUUCUUUUUAGUAAAAUUUUAGGUUUGCCAUGUUCGUUCAUAUGUCAAGCAUUAAUAGGUAGGCCUUCCACACACAGGUGAGUAUGAACCUGAUCUCUUUGUGAAUGUGGUUGCAUUGUUUUGUUGUUUUGUUUCUGUUUUGGCAGGGUUCCGGGUGGCUGCUUGCUCAGUCUUCUGCAGCGAAAAGCAUAGUGUGUUCAGUAUUCGAUGUCUGAUGGAUCUUCACAAAAAUGUCUCCUGCGCUAAAAGUUUGCCAUAGCUAAGCUCAUGCUCUCACUUUCUUCAUCUUUACUACGUACUCUUCUAGCAUUUGUCAUGUUUUCCCGUAAUUAAUCUUAGUAAUUUUAUUGUAAGUUUGAGUGCUGAAUAUCCAUACCACUAAGCCUUCUCAACAUUUAAGGCCUGUCUUCUGUCUUCCUCCCCUAACAACUUUUUGGUGUUAUUUACCCACCAUUUCCUCUCUUGUCAUCCACUUCUAAUCACACCCUAAUGUAUCCAUGUAUACUUUGUAAUUUAACAGUUUUUGAUUUCAAUUCUGAAUUCGUGGAGAAUACUUUUCUGCCCUGCCUUAGUGCUUUUUUCCCUUUUUUUAAGACUUAUGGGUUUUUUAAAUUUUUUUUUUUUUUGGUAAAAAGUUUUUAUGCUAAGUAGUGUUGGUGGUUUGGGGUGUAGUAUUGCUGAAAACAGCACAUUCCAGGCACUGCAUAGAUUGACCGUAUUUCUGUUACAUCUGACUUGCAACAGCUACUGUAUGUAUAAAACUAUGCCAGACACCAGUAAGAAGCUGAGGUGAAAAGUUGAUUGUGUGUAUUUGUGUGGGAAAGUGUGUAAACAUGGGUGAAUGGAAGGUGUAUGUGGAAUUUUAUAUUGCAGAAUUUUUGUAUGUUUUCCCCCCUUUCAGUUUUUUUAACAAUGUCUUUGAAAAAAAUGUUCCAAAUGAAGAUGUUACUUAGGCAGUGGACAACAUCGGUUAUUUUAAUGUAUAGAUGCACGCUUUUUUUUUAAAAAAAAACAAAAAGCAUGUAGUGGAAAUAUUUUCCACAUUGAAAGGGACAGUAUUCUAUAUUGAAAUGGAUAUAUUGUUAUUUUUCGCCAAUUGAGAAUGUGCUUAUUAAAUACAAAUAUAUAACACAUUUGCAGCAGUUAACUGUGUGAAAUUAUAAGGGAAAGCUAUAUUUUGGAGGCUUGGGUUCUUUCUACAAAAAGAAAAAAAGAAGCAGAAUUUUCCAAUGUUAUCUGACCAUGUAAAUACAUAAUACGCUAUGAAUGGUUGGUGUUACUCGAUUGAGUGCAAAGGUAUUUACACUGUAGGUAUAGGAACAGUUUGUAAGUAUGAUGUUUUGCUGCAUUGCUGCCCAUAUGCCACUCCUGACAUUCUCACCAAUGUUUGAUUACUGUGCACAAACAUGUUCUCCCUAGUAUAAUGUUGAAAUCAUGUCUUGCUCCUGGUUGCUUCUUUUACUUUGAUGUCAUGUUAAGGAAAACAAGGUGGGUUAAGCUGUAUCAGCAAGGGUCAUCUGGGUUGGGGGAUUCCCCCCUUCUCUUUUUCUCACCCCCCACCAUGUCCAUGUUCUUAUCUGUGCAGAUGUAUGUUGUUUCUUUCAGCAAUCAGGGUGGCUCUCAGGUAAGGCUUAUAAUUUUAACAAAUGUCUUUGCAGGUAUUUUUAAGAAACAAAAUGAAAAUUUCUUAGUUUGCUCUUAACUUGUCCUUUGAUCAUGAAACAUGCAAUUUGUAAGUAUUUGUGUUUUGCAGUCUGUAGCGUUUUAAUACAUUAGUGUAAGAUGCCUUGAUGCUAAAUCCCCCAGUAGAUCUUCUUUUGCAACCACUUAAUAUUAUGAUGAAGUCUGUUUACUCUUGUCCCAUUUCUUGUCCAUCUUUCCCUUGCCUUUAGAUUGACCAGUAUGACUUCAAGCUUAUCACUAAGACAUGCUGUUGUAUUACUUACAUUUGAUAAAUCUUGCCAAGUGAUUUUGCUCACCUUUAAAAAUGACAUUUAAUACUGUUGAAGUCAUUCCAGGAUUUGCAUAUUGUCUUUUAAAAAGUCAUUAUUUUGUCUUCUUAUCCCUCUGCCAUUUUGUUGAAACAUUUGUAAUCUGUUAACAGCCAUGAAGUGUUUGACUGGUUAUUGAUCUCGAACUUGAGGUGUUUUUUUUUUUGUUUUUUUUUUUUUUAAUAAGAAGGCUUAGUGCAAAGCAGUGCUCUAUUUUUUCCAUUUUAUUGGCUCUAACAUGUUUGUGUACAUACUGCAUGAAUUUUUAGACCCAUAUAAAUUGAAAUAAGAAACGGCAACUCAUGAAUUUUUUGAUGCAUCAGCACGAAAUCAUCUCAGUCCAUGCUGUCAAUUAAACCUGGUAGAAUCAGUUGUUGAACACUGUUCGUGAUGAACAUGAGUUAAUUUUUUAUGCCUUGUCAAUGACAUAUAUGAUGCUGUCUGACUUUUAAUGCAGGUUUAUGCCAUUUUUAAGAACACUUUUUUUUUUCAUUUGGAAAUUGUGGAUGUAAAUAGCAUGAAACAUAGGUUUUAAUAGUGGGCGAAAUGUGCAGAUUUAUUUAUGUGUGGUAACCCAUGCCAUCGUACACAAUGAACAUGUCAAAGUAUUUUCACUGCCUCAGUAUGCCACAAAGUACCCAAAGAGCUGUUAAUUUAAAAAUGUGCAUAAAUAAUGAUGGUAUAAUGCUAUAUAAUUCAUGUCAAACUAUUAUAAAACUAGAAUUGCACUUAUUUUAACUUCUAUUUGUACAGAGCAUAUUGCAAUACUCGAUGCUAAAAAUUUUGCCCCUCCCCCUUUAAUGGUCUCGAUAAAGAUAUGUUUUUAACUUGAUAUCUUAAUACAUAUGGCUGUUUUUUAUUCUGUAUUUGAAUCUUGAUCCAGUCAAAUAGCCAUGGAAACUGAACCCAAAAAACAAUGUCUUUCACAGUCAUGAAAAUGCAUCACAUGUAAUUUCCUUCCCAGAAUAGGAUUAAAUGAAAGACUCUCAUGACAUGUAUAAGCCUGGAGUUUUAUUUGCCAUUAAGUAGCCUUUUCUGUCUUGACAUGCAACUAAUUUUGAUUGUUUCCUUGUAUACGUACUUCCAACAUGAUGCUUGCAUUGAUAUCAUUAGUCGUGCUGUUGUCAGUUAUGGGCGGCAAGGAAGCUGUGGGCUUUUUUUGCUGCUUCCCAUCAAUUUGAGAUAUCCAGCUGUGAUAACUCGAUGCCUGUAGGCAGUGAUUUACCCCAGCGGGCGCAAUGCACAAUGACCAUACAUACAGUAUAAGUUGAGAUAUAUAUAUUAUGAUCAGAUAUUUGAUGUGCGAUGAUACCAGUCAAAUUGACAUUGAUGUACACUUUAUCACAUGAAAAAUAAAUAGCAUGAUACUUUUUAAAUGAGGAAUUGUAUUGAUUUGGUUAUAGCAUUGAAGAGCACUUAUGAACUACAAGAAAGAGACCUUAUAGUAAUCUUUUGCAUUGUUUUGGGAUUACAAAGUCCCAGUUUAGUUUAAUGACCUGUGAAGUGUUAAGAUUUGAUUCCCCCAUAUGGGGGUUAUUUUUUUCAUUUGAAUGAACAACUCUGUCUGGAUGAUGAAGUAGUGCUAGAAGAGAACUUGAAGUUUGGAAGCGUGGGUGAGUUGUGUAUGUGUGGGAGCAAGCUAGGUGCUGGCUUGACACAAGUUUGAGGGCCUAUGGUAAGGUUGGACUUGAGUUAUUUUUGACAUGAACACAGUGCAGUCAUGUAUCAAUACACCUCGGGUUUUGCAUGUUGUCAUUGUUAAUUAAUACCUGGUUCAAACAUAACCUUACCUCUCAGAAUUUGCCAGUGUACAGUUCAUGCCUGUAAACAAUGCUUUUGCUGUUAUUAAAGGAUUAUCCCAUGCACAUUGUAUUCCCCUUCCCCGUUCUUUGGCUUUUAGACAUAACUGAUUACUGGAUAAUAUUGCUUGGUAAUGUAUGAUGGACUUAUCCUAGCUGAUAAUGUUUGCUUUAACAGUGAGUGUUUUAAUUUUUUUUUAUUUUGUUCACUUUUCCACUUAACGUAUGCAGAGGCUUGUGACAAAUUAUUCUUGACAACAUUCAUGGGUCUGUUUUUUUUUUAUAAUCUUUUUGUUGAAAAAUGCGAAUGCUGUAUCUGUUAAAGUAUGUCAUGUAAUGCAUAUUUGGUUUGAUAUGUAACAUGCAGAUAAAUAAAUUUGUUGUACAACACUAA